UUCAAUAGAAGGAAAUAUUCUUAUAAAAUCAAUGGUCGUUUUGUGUUAAAUAGUAGCUGGUUAAACCAAUUGUUAGUUUUAAAGCAACAUUUGUGAUCAAAGUUUUGGACUGAAUUGGUUACCAGAAUUUACAAUGUCUUAUAUUGGAUUUAUUAGUGUUGAUUCAUUGAAGUUGCUUUUGUUUUCAAUUGUUUCAUAUUUUAUUUAUGUCCAUCUAUUGAAACCUUUAUUACAUUAUAUUUAUAUUGUUAUUCAUUAUCAUGGAUUUUAUUGUCAACCAAAAAGUUUCCUUCUCGGACAUUUGAGGCAAAUUUGGCCAAAUUUUCCGUUCUCUAUGGAUAGGAAGACGCUUGCAGUGUCUAUAUACAAACAGUUGUAUAAAAAUGUUGGUCCUGAUCCAAGCCGAUCUCUAUCAAUUUUUUGGGCUUCACUGUUACCACUCGUCUUUGCUUCGGGUCAUGAAGUAGUAGAGGAAAUCUUGCACAAGAAAAAUUUGAAGAAACCAAUGAUUUUUAAAUUUAUUGGUGUUGGCGAUGGACUGUUAAGUUCUGAACCUGCACUUUGGAAGAUUCGAAGGAGGCUGAUUGAACCUUUCUUCACGACUAGAAAGAUGAGAGAUCAUGCUAAGAAUAUGUAUCAAGAGGUUGAAUCAUUUGGUAAACAGUUGGAUGAGGAAGUCGAUAAACCAAUUGACUUGAUCCAUCACAUACAUACAAGUACUUUGAACAUCAUUUUGAAGUCCAGUGCAGGUAUUCCUUUAGAUGAUUUAAAGGAAGAUAAAGCAGCGUUAGUCGAACUAGUUGCAACACUAGAAAGAAAUGCUGUUCACCGAAUAGGAAACCCAUUUUACCAUUUUGAUUGGAUCUUCAAUUUAUCCACGUUUAGUAAAGCUUAUUAUAAAACCAUCGAAACCAUUGAAGGAAAAAUUUAUAACAUAUUUAGAAGAAGAAAGCAACUGUUACAAAGUUUACCAUCGAAUGAAUCAGAAAACCAGGAUUUUCUCUCUUUGAUCGAAGGUAAAGUGGAUGACCAGGGACUGUAUGAUGAACUGAUAACUCUUAUUGGAGCUGGACAUGAAACAACAGCAGUCGCUUUACGUUGGAAUCUAUUCAAUAUCGGCAAUCAUUUAGAUGUACAAGAGAAACUGUAUCAAGAGAUUAUUCAAUUUUUCCCUGAUGACAAACCGAUAGAUGAUAUGGAUAAACUGAAAGAGUGCGUUUAUCUAGAGCAGGUCAUAAAAGAAUCACUUCGGUUGAACCCUUCUGUUGCUGGUUCUGCAAGAGUACUUGAAGAUGAUGUCAUGGUAAAGGGGCAAAAACUUAUCAAAGGUUCAGUUGUUGGUGUCUCCGGUCUGGCAACUCAUCAUGAUCCAAGUAUUUAUCCCGAUCCAGAGAAAUUUGAUCCUGAUCGAUGGAGUCCUGAAAAUGCCUCCAAAAUACCUAAAACAGCUUGGAUUCCUUUUGGUUAUGGACCACGAAUGUGUAUUGGAUACCGAUAUGCAAUGGUAGAGCUCAAGAUUUAUACAGCUCAAAUUAUUCGUAAAUUUAGUUUGAAAUCAACUCGACCUCAUGGAAGUAUUCCAAUUACGUAUGAAAUUACUUACCAGCCCACCUUACCCUUGGAAAUAAUAAUGACACCAAGAAACAACAAUCAAUGAAAUUUGUCAGAUUCAAGUUUUUCCAGUAUCAUCAUGUAUGCAUGAUUAAACUAACGGUUGUAAUAACAGGUUACUGUAAUAUUACUUUCGUAAUAUAUGGAUAAACCUAAGCAGCUUAACUUGCAAAGAAAGAAACCGUUGUAAGUCCAGUCUUUUGACCAUCAGUUGUGACAAGCCCAGUCAAGGCGUGCCACACAAAAGACACCAGUAAAUACUUAUAUAAAUUACCAAGUAAAACACAAUUCGAAAACAGUCCAA